AAACAACUGGCCGCAUAUAUCCUGUCAUCCGAAACCGCUGCAGCCGCUGGUAUACCGGUAGCUUUCACUUGAUUUCGCGGCGCACGGCGAUUCAAGGCUUCGGCCACCUUACCAAUGUGGCUCGGCCCCGGGCUGCGGGCUCGGUGUGGGAGACUCGUGACAAAGCUCGGGCGCUCGAGCGGAGGGUAUAACAGCUGGACACGCACCCGAAAGAUCUUAUCCACAUCGAUCAUCCUUCCCCAACGAGCUCAUUACACCAUGCCCGAUAAACUGAUCUUCGUCACAGGCGCUUCGGGAUUCCUCGGCUCGCACGUUGUCCUGCAGCUUCUCGAGAAGGGGUACCGCGUCAGAGCUGCUGCUCGUGGUGUCAAGGUCGACUUACUGAGGGAGCGAUACGCCUCGCAUGCCAGUCAAUUCGAGGCAGUCGCCAUCCAAGAUCUCGUUCAUGACACGUUUCCCGCCGCGUUGGCUGGCGUUGACGCGCUUGUUCAUCUCGCCUCGCCUUUGGCAGGCCGGGAGGCGCCGGCUCAAAUUCUGCAGACGGCAGAAGAGGGCACAAUGAACGUGGUGCGCCAGGCUGAGAAGGCUGGCAUCAAGCGCAUCGUCGUCACAUGCUCGAUCGCUUCGGUCCUGAACCCGGAGAACAAACUCACCGACAAAGAUUGGAACCCGGUCACUCGGGAACUCGCCCUUGCAUCUGACGCCCCACCCCUCUUGACGUACUCGGCUUCGAAGAAAUUCGCGGAGCUGGCGCUUUGGGAUUGGGCGGAGAAGCACCCGGAAGUGGACGUCACCACUCUCAAUCCCACCUUCUUCUUUGGCCCAUUCACACCCGAAUUCCGCAUCCCCGAACCAGACACUGCGAUGCUCUCGACGAACGAUUACGUGUACCAGUUCAUCCAACCUCGAGGCCAGUUGAUGAGUCCCAUGUCUUACUUCGUCGACGUGCGCGAUGUCGCGAAAGCACACGUCCAGGCUCUGGUAUCUCCACCAAGCUCCGAGGUGGGGCGCAAGCGGAUCCUGUUGUCCUCCCCGCACGGCAAGACGUGGGCACAGAUCCUGGAAUAUAUCGCCGAAAAUCGGCCCGCGCUGAAAGAUCGUCUGAUGACUGUUCCGCCGACGCCUUCGACGAAAGGUGCCAUGCCCAUGGAUUGGGAGAGGGUGGAACAGGUGCUCGGCAUGAAGGUCGGCGACUUUCAUACCUUGGACGAGACUGUGCUUGGAGCGAUCGACGCGUUGUUGGAGUUGGAAGAUCGGUGGAGAGGCGCUGGUUACGAGUACUCGGCAUCGUCAGGAUGGGGACCUCGCGUGUGAGAUAAGAAAGAGGUAUCCGUUCGAGGCACGCCUAGGCAUAUAGGACAGUGUUCGAAAGGGAAGUUAGAAAUACGUCGUGGGAUUGUGUCCUGUGAUUGAAGAAUUAGAAAGUGAUUGACAA